AUGUCGGGCCCCGCGGUGAAGUCGAAGAAGGCGUCGAACAAGAAUGCUUAUCGGAGAGCGAAGAAGAAGGCACAGCGCUCUGAGGCACCUUCUGAGGUGGGCGACUCUGCGCGUGAGACUGAAUCUCCUGCACCAGACGACAACACCAAUAACGAUGCGCAGGCGGUCCAGCCAGUCGACACUCUCACCGUUGAAGAUAUCACGAACGACUUCGAUCUAGACAACCCUGAGUUCGAGGCAUACAAGGCUAUCUUUGAGAAGUUCCGCGAACCCACCGAAGAAGAGGUGGCAACCAAGGACGAUGACAAGCCUGAAGUCUUCUACGACGACGACGAUAUUCCUGACGAAGAAGAUGAAGACAAGCCAAAGAUCUCCAAGAAGCAGAGGAAGCAGAUGAACAAGCUCACCGUCGCUCAGCUGAAAUCGCAAGUGCAGAAUCCCGAGCUGGUUGAAUGGACAGAUGUCUCGUCAACGGACCCGAAGCUGCUUAUCGCCAUCAAGGGUUCGAAGAACGUCAUCCCCGUGCCGACGCACUGGUCGCUGAAGCGCGAGUACCUGUCUUCAAAACGUGGCAUCGAGAAGCCACCGUUUGCGCUACCCAAGUUCAUCCAAGAGACGGGUAUCGCCGAAAUGCGCGACGCUGUUCUGGAGAAGCAGGCAGAAAUGACGAUGCGGCAAAAACAGCGUGAGCGUGUGCAGGGAAAGCUCGGCAAGCUCGACAUCGACUACUCCAAGCUGUACGACGCCUUCUUCCGGAGACAGACUAAGCCCGAGUUGACUCGAUAUGGUGAGGUCUAUUAUGAGGGCAAGGAGUUUGAGACCAACUUGGUCAACCUCAAGCCUGGCGAGCUGAGCGAAGAGCUUCGGGAUGCGCUUAGUAUGCCGCCUGGCCACCCACCUCCAUGGCUUAUCAACAUGCAGCGCUUUGGACCCCCGCCUUCGUACCCUAACAUGCGUAUCCCUGGUGUGAAUGCCCCCAUUCCUCCUGGCGCAGCAUGGGGCUUUCAGCCCGGACAGUGGGGUAAGCCCCCUACGGAUGAAGCAGGCAAGCCUCUGUUCGGUGGAGACCUCUACGGUACAAGCAUUUUGGACCACCAGCAACAGCCAACGCACAAUGGCGAGCCUGUGGAGCGUAGCAUCUGGGGUACCCUUCGCGCUGAAGGCGAGAGCGAAGACGAGGAGAGUGACGAGGAAGAAGAGGAAGAUGAGGAUGAAGAACAGGGUGACGAGGAUGUCGAUUCCGGUAUUCAGACGUCGAUGACGACCGCAUCGGCUAUGGUUUCUGAGUAUGGUGGCACGGAGAGCAUUGGCGGCGAUUUCACGAUCAGAAAGCAGCGCAAGGGGAUUGAGACCGAAGAGCCUGGUGUACCUCGCAGCGCCGGCCAGAUCCUUCCGGAAAAGAACAUCUCGGCAACAGGCUUCUUUGGUGGCGAGCACGCUUACGAUCUCGAUGCUGCGCGACGCGACGCUCUCGGACAACAGCGGAAGCGCAAGGCUGGUGAGGUGGACCUAUCUGUGGACAUGGAUCAACUGGGCGAGGACGAUAAGCUGGACAAGGCCGCACUCAAGAAGGAGUAUGAGUCUAGGCAAAGAGCUGAAGCUGCAGGAAACUGGCAGAGCAUUGAUCAAGAUGAUUUGGCAGACAUGAUUGCCAGCGAGUCAAGGAAGAAGGCAAAGAGGGAGGACAACCGGAAGGCCAGGCGCUAA